GCGAGUCAUUCUUCUGUUUGCAGGUUUGUUUUUGAGCGCUUCAGCAUUUCAGGUCUGGUCUUCGCUGCCAUACAGUGAUUGUGAAUCCACUCACAACACAAUUCACCAGUAAAAACUGUGAAUAUUCCUGUCAUCUUUGAAUUGAAGAAGCGUUUCCAGAAGUGCAGGACAAACUUCAAGUGUUUCAAUAAUUUCUGACAUACUAUUGUAAAGAUGGAUUUUAUUAAAGAGGAGAGAGAGGACAUGGGUUAUCCAGAACCAUACAGAGUGAAAAAUGAAGAUACUGAGGAACAAAUAGAGAUGGAUAGAGACUAUGGCUCUCUGCUCAGUACCCUCAAGAGGAGGAGGCAGCUGACUGCUGAUGAGCUUAGGUUCAUAGCAGAGGAGGACAUGGCUCAUGAGGGCAUGAGCACACAAGAGGAAGAUCUGCUGGACCAGGAACUACUGCAGGAAGACCUGGACCAUGAGGAGAUGGAGGAUGAGAUGGAACCUGAUCCCCAGCCAAGACCAUCAACUGGAUGUAUAUGAAUGUGUAUUUAUUGUUUGUUUCUAUUUCUCAUAUGACUGAUACUCACAGUAACACUAGCACUGUUACUCUUAUUAUUUUGGGUAUGGCUAGCCAUUCUCGCACUGGUCCCAAGUCAGCUAGAAAGCGUAAAUGCUUCCCUGACUCUGUUUCUUAUCCCUCGUACUCUGACAUCGAUUCACAGGCACCAAAACCUCUCCCAUUUAAGCCUAUCCAUCCAUUCGGUAUUGACUUAGGUAGCAUGCGUCAGGCUGUGCAGUCAACCUCCAAUAUGAUGUUGCGAGAAAUUUACUUUUUCAUGCUGUUUUUUACUCAGGCUGUAGUUGCUGAUAUAUGCAGCUUUACAAACCGUCAGGGGUGGGAGCUCGUCCUAAACUGUCCAUCAUAUUCCAGCUACCAAGGAGCUUGGAUGGAGGUGACCCCUGAUGAAUUUUACAGAUUUCUUGGGUUGCUCAUUUACAUAGGGUUUUCAAUUCUCCCUGAUUCCCAUCGUCAUUGGGGAACCAAGUCACUUCAGGGCUCGUGGGCGAGGGGAUUUAUGUCGCAUGACCGCUACAAGGCUCUUUUAGCAGCUCUACAUGUUGUAGACCCUACCACAGACGAUAAUCAGGAUCGCCUUAGGAAGUUGCAUUAUCUUAUGGACCACCUCAAACAAAAAUGCCAGCAGCUCUUUCGGCCUAACCAAAAUCUUGCAAUAGAUGAACGUAUGGUCAAGUCUAAAGCUCGGUCAGGAUUUAAACAAUACAUGAAGGGCAAGCCUACUCGGUGGGGUUUUAAAUUAUGGGUAAUUGCAACAUCAGACUCGGGGUAUACUCUUGUCUUUAAUGUUUACACAGGUAGUCAUGAUGGGCGUGUCACUGACUUGGCCACCAAAGUAGUUGAAUCGUUACUGCAGCCAUUCAAAGACCAGGGCCACAAUGUUUGGUUUGACAACUUUUACACGUCCCCAGCUCUUAUGGUUAAGUUGUUUGAAAUGGGAACUAAUGCCUGUGGGACAUGCAGAGUGAUCGUAAACUGUUUCCUGCAGAAUUUAAAGACAUCAUAUGAUGGGAACGCAAGACAGCUCGUGGGGAUAUGAGGUGGUGUAGGAUUGAGGGGAAUAUACUUAUAAUUCAGUGGAAGGAUAUGCAUACAGGAACAUGCCUCUCCAAUUUCCACAAUGCGAAUGGCUCAACCGAAGUGACUAGGUUUGUAAAAAAUGAUGGCGACUGGACAAAAGAAGUAGCCCUCCAGCCUACUCUCAUCAGCAAUUAUAAUAAAAACAUGGGUGGUGUUGAUAGAACAGACCAAAUGAUAAAAUCUUACUACGUCCUACAAAAAAACUCAGAAAUGGUGGAAGACUCUUUUUUUCCACUUCAUAGACAUUGCCGUCAUCAAUAGUUUCAUAUUGUUUAAGGAAUGGCAACACAUUCAUGUGUUUCAGGGGAUGAGCAUAGACCGGUGGACUUAACCCAGAUAAAUUUCAGAGAAAACCUGGCUCGUCUGCUGGGAGGUAUCGAUAUUCACGCAAGUUUCCCUUUGCAUACACUAAAGCCUGUAGUCCCUCCUUCAUCAUCACUCCACACAGCCCAUGUCCCUAAAUUUGAAGAGUCUAUGCUAUCGGAAAAGUAGGACUGAAAAUAAAACUAAACUAGCUUGUUGCAUGCCGGAAUGUAAUGGCAAAAGACUUUGCUUGGUUCGUGAUAGGAACUGUUUUCAGUCUUGGCAGUUAGCUGAGUGUGACCAGUUUUGUGAAGAGGCCUAGGUUGGGCUGUGUUUACUGGUGUUGUCGUGCUCCCCCUCCCCUCAUUUUUCCCUCUCUUCUCUCCACAGUAGGGAUGGUAAGAUUCACCGAUUCGCAUUGGUGCAUCGGCAUAAGUUAACGAUGCAAUGCAUCGAUUUAAAAAAGUGUGCAUCGAAUACAAGUUGGCAUUUGUAUCGCGAUGCAUCAUUUCUAACAUAUUUACAUUGGUAAAAAUGUAUUUAUUUAUAUAUAAUUAUUAGUAGAUGUGUCCUGAGAGUCACAUAGAAUAUAGAUUAACAUGGCAGAGGUAGAGCUGUAUCUUCCACCAAAUAAUUACAAAUCCAAUGUUUGGAAACACUUUGGGUUUUAUAAGAGAGAUGGAAAUUUUGAUAAAGCCCAUGAAAUUUGUAAAAUAUGUCAUGCCGCUAUAAAAUAUACAGGCAGUAUGACUAAUUUAACAACACACUUGAAGCACCAACACGGUGUGAGUGCAAAGAUGUCUGCCUCCCCCUCCUCGCCUUCGGAUUCAACUGUAGCUGCUAGCCGCUGCGGUACCGCUAGCAGGAUGCCGGAUGUGCAAAAGAUUAAAACUUUUUUUCACUGCCCGCUGGCUAACAGCUAUGCUCGUUCCAAGGCAAUAACCGACGCAAUCGCCUUUUUUAUUUGUAAAGAUAUUCAGCCUUACAGCAUUACAGAGAACGAGGGCUUCCAAUACCUCCUCCACGUCUUGGAGCCGAGGUACCACAUAUCAAAUAGGAAGCUAUUCACAGAGAAACAAAUCCCUGUUUCUGUAUGACAAAGUUAGACGAGAGAUAGCCGAGUCAUUAAGCAAUGCCCAAAGAGUUGCAAUUACGGUGGAUGGCUGGACAUCUUGCACCACUGACUCAUAUGUCACUGUCACAGCACACUAUAUUGAUGAUGAGUGGGUUUUGCAAAACCACUUUCUACAGACUAGAGUGUUCAAUGAGGCUCACACAGGAAAUAAUCUAGCAGUUUUACUGUAGGACGUUUGCCGCGAGUGGAACAUCAAAGACAAGAACACAGUGUUGGUCACGGAUAAUGCAAAAAACAUGAUACUGGCAGGAGUUGGUGCAGAGAUGGACUCCCAUGUGCGAUGCAUCGCGCACACACUUAAUCUGGCAAAAAUGCCUCAAACUGGAUGGUGUCAGAGCUUCUGGCGAAAGUGAGGAAGGUGGUAACGUUUUUUCACAGAAGCCCAAAAGCAACGUGAAAUGCAAGCCCAGUUACACCUGCCAAACCACAAGCUAAUCCAUGAUGUUUCCACAAGAUGGAACAUUUCCUUUGACAUGUUAGAGCGUUUUUGGGAGCAGCAGCCUGCCGUGUUGAACACCCUGCUGUCAAGGAAGAUAAAGAGGGGAGAAGGCAUGGCCAAUCUGACAGAGGAAUACAUGACACUAAUCCAAGAGGUCAUCAAAUUGAUGUCCCCUCUGAAAGUGGCAACCACACUCCUCAGUGAGGAAAAAAACCCCACCAUCUCAAUGAUCUCCCCUAUCCAGGCCAAAUUACAGAGACAUUUCCAGCCAGAUGAGAGUGAUCUACCAGUAAUUUCCCAGAUGAAGGAACGAUUCAGACAGGACUUUGAUGGUCGCUACACAUAUCUCCAAGACCUCCUCCACUAUGCCUCAGCACUUGAUCCAUGCUUCAAAGACCUGGCUUUUCCAAGGACAUGAUAUUCAUGAAGCUAACAGCAGAGGUGGUAAAUUUGGAUGAAAGACUUGUUUGUGAAUGGUUAUUUUUAUUUAUUUAUUAUUGUUUAUGUUAAAACAGCACCUGCUUUCUGCUCACUGAGUUAGCAUAUCUGCUGAAAGCACAUUCGUCUGCUGGCAAGUUAAGGAACAUUUCUUCAUUGUUUAUCCCUGAGCAUCCUUAAAUUGUUUCACUGUUAAAUGUGUGAGCUGUUAAAAGUGUAACUGGAGACAGAACAGGAAAAGAACAUCUGGUUUUAUUUAAUAUUUUUUAUUUUUUUUGCACUACAAAGGCCUGUUUGUGAAAGGACCAUGUGUUAGAAGUCAGAAGGCACUUAAGUUAAUUUAUGAUUUGCUGUCUGUCUGAACCAAAGAAAUAAAAGCGAACUAUCUGUACCAUAUUGAAUUGCAUAGCAUCAUAUUUUUUUCCAUUACAUCAUAUUGCAUUGAAUCGUAUUGUGUUGAAUCGAAUCGAAAUCGGAUCACACUGCAUCGUAAUAGGGGUGAAUCAUAUUGCAUCGCAUCGGUAGCUGCUUCAUAUGUAUCUUUAAUGUAUCGUAUCGUUGGCUAUGCAUCGAGAUGUGUAUCACAUCAGCCUCAGUUAUGGAGAUGCACAUCCCUACUCCACAGGUAUUGCAGUUGUUGAGUAUUUAUGAAUCUAUAUAUAUUCUGUUCCUGCACUCUUUAUUAAAAAUGCAUUUACUGUAGAUAGUUCGAAAGUUUGAUUUUGUAUGUUUUGCUGUGUAAUUCAUGUGUAAUUCUAAUGUUCAAAUUAAAUAAAGUGUUUGUUUUAUUGAACACAUAAAAUGUAUAUUUCAGUGUUUGUGUCCUUCAAUUUCAGAUGCAAUCUCAAUUUAUUAUUACAGGUGCUCAAAAGGAGUAUUUGAGGAGUGGUCAUGUGAAAUGUAUCUUAACAUUCUAAAUGUUUGUUUUAUUCCAUUUUCC